AUGAAUUCCAAAGUCCCGCCGAAUUCACCUUCCAAAGAAGUCGACCCAAGCGCGUCACAGCCCGCACCUCCAAAGACCGCUCUGCCUGACUGGUAUGUUGACUCAAACAUGUCACAACCUAUACGUCCGAGUAAACCUUUAAUUGGAAGAGCUACUUAUUCUGGCUGGUAUCCUUCAAGCCCCUCACAAUCUAUAUCUCCAAGUGGCGAUCGAUCUGCCUGGUGUCCCGAGCUUAACAACCCUCGCGGUUCCAACAAUAUCAUCACAAUCGCAUCAUCAAGCGGGAGAAAUACUUUCGAAAAAUACAACGAUGAAGCUCUGAUGGCUACGCAACUCCCAAACCCAAGAGAGUCUGACAAAAAUGAAAACAUGAUAUCCUCUGUGGUAGCUCAAGAUGGAUCAACUAAAGGAGAGGAUAAAGCAGAUGCAAAUGAGUCUCCCGCAAUUAGACGGAAUCGUUUCUAUUGUGAAAGACGCCCUCAAGCCGACCCUUCCGACUCUACGGAGGUUCCUGCAUCAACUCCAUCCACAUCGUCGGCUGGCAACGCAGGAGAUGAUUGGCAAACCACCGCACCACGCGAGUAUAACCGCAAAGUCGCCAGAUGUACUGUGAGGCGACCAACACCAGCCGCGAAGCUCUCAUCACAGCUGUCUGAACCACUCGAGACACAGCCUUGCAAUGCACGGAGUGAGGUUUGUGAGCCAACUUUUAAAGAAGAUAACUCGCAAGACAUGUCCACCAAACCCCUCACGCCGGCACAGUUGAACUCUUGGGAACCUAUGGUGCAGAGAUCUAAGAAUUCUUGUCCCGCCAAGUUUAAUAGCACGACAGCUGCUCAGCCCGCCAGCCUGUCAGUCGACACGCCAUCAUCAUCUACACUAUCACCGCUUCUUUCCACAGAGACUCGAGCCUAUCAGGCAUACCUGAAGCACCACACAGCGGCACAACGACUAAUCGGAUUUGAUUCUUCCCAACAGACUAGUCCACUUAGUCUCUCUGAAUUUACCACUCGCCGAGCAGCAAACGGUGUGAUGACCCAUGAGAGUGAGAGUUUCACAGAUGCUACUAACGACACUGCGAUGAACUUGGAGGCAACUGGGAAUGAAGCCAGUGGAGGGAGCUUUAUGAGCCUCGACCGUUUGGUUCGGGAAACGAAGUCGAAAAGCAAACAAGCAUCGACAGACUGGGAGAGUUUCAGAUCACUUGCCUCCAAAACCCUGACUCGUCGCCCUGAGGAUACAAAAACAACCGAUCAGCAGUCCCGACCAGCAUACGGAAGCAGUGAAUGGGCUCAAUCUUUGGAAGAAAUCGACAGACUGGAGCAACAGACAGAGGCUCUUACGAAUCGAAUAGAAGAUGUUUUGCAGACCGAAAUUCAGAAGCUGAAAUCGAGCAUGCAAAAAGACAGCCAAGAUAUAUACGGGGAAAGAGUAAAUCAAGUCGAAUCAGCCAAAGCAAAAAUCUUGGAAAAGUUUCGUCAACCCGAAAAGCGAAGAUCAAGUGGUUACACUGUAGCUGCUUGGGAUGGUCCGAGGUCGUUGACAGAAGUUGUAAAGAACAAGGAUCAAGCCGAACCGACAAAGCUCUCAGUGAUUUCUUCAGAAACCGAACGGCAACAAUUGGCUGCUUCCAAGGACCGUUCCGCCAAAUCCGCCCAUGCGAAUAGAAAAGAGACUAUUUUUGAGAUGUCGCAACAACAAGCAGAAAAGAAUAGGCUCGAGCGUUUAGAAUACCAGCGAAUGUACCAGCCCAAACUUGCAGAGGCAGGCGCGGGAGUUAGUGAAAUCGAGCGACUCAAGGACCUGGGAAUGGAAAUAAAGAUGUACGCAAACAACCCGGAUGUAUAUCGAGUCAAAAUGAGAAAUAUACAAGUCAAAUCUCGGGUUUGCGUUGGUGAUCGCAUGGAGACUGAGGAAAGCCAGGCCAAACAACCACAACGAGAAGAUGUCAACCAGGCUCUCGGACAAAAGAGAUUGCGACCAGUAAAGACGCUUGAUUCCGACGAUACUGAUGACAUGCAAUCUUCCUCCGAGGCGCGUGGCUUCAAGAAAUAUCAGAAACGUGGCGCUGAUGACAGUCCAAAGACCGCUAAUAAAGGUGCUGAGCGAAACGAAAAUCGGGAGAGACAAUCACAAAAUCACGCAUGUAUGCCAAUGAUUUUUCUACCGAACAUCAGACCACCAGCAUCUUCAGCCGAGCUAGACAGAGACCUGUAUAUCCACGCAAAGCUCGCCGAAUCCUGUCGCAAAGACCAGGAGGCCCAAUUCGGAACAUCCUUCUAUUCCGCCGCAGCUGCUCCUAAUGUCGAUACCACAAAGCUGUCCUUGGACGAGAAAAUCGAGAGGCUGGUACAGUUGAGAUGUCAACAGCAUGUCUACCGCCCAGAGUUGCAUCGAGAAGAGGUGCAGCGUCUUAGACGAGAUAUGCGAGACAAGUAUAUCGGCAUGGAGGCCCCCAAGAAGAUGGCUGGCCCCAGCGAAUACCAAAAAUUACAGGUUCUAGCAAAGAAGUUGUUGCAAAAAUACCUCCAGCGCCCGGAACUUUUUCAAAAAGAAAACGGUAUCGCUGCUUCUAGUACCACUCACAGCGAGAAUGAUAUCAAGAUCGACGGCAUCACCGACGAACAAGUGCAGAAAAUGGACUUUAUGAUAAAAAAGUCGAUGAAAAGAAUCUUCCCUCGCCCGGAACUUUAUCAAAAAGGAUACCGUGCUGCUUCUAGUGAUACUCGUGCAAAUAUGGACGGCGCCAGCGAGUUAGAUGACGAGAAGAUCGAGUCUCUUGCAAAGAGAUUGGCGGUGAAUUACUCUCUGGGUCAAAAGAGAGGUCGAUUCAUUCUUCCUACUUCUAGCAAUCCUCGUCGCGAGCAAGUAUUGAGAGAUCUCAAUCGAAAAAGAAACCAACAAAUCAUGAAUGCCGUUCGCAGUAACAUCCAGCGCAAGCGAAACGAGAUGCUAGACGUCAUCCGCUCUAACCAGCGCGCAAUGGCACGGGCUGGAAUCCCAGCUUACUCUGACGACUACACUGAUACCGACUGGUCUGACUACGAAGACAUGGAUGAUGUUGACCUUACCGUCGGUAGCACUUGGGGAGAUGUAUGUGAUCAUGCUGGAUCCUACGUUCAUUCGGCGGACGAGAUUGCUGAGGCUGAUAAGUGGGCUGAGUCUGUGGGAUUGACUGUCGUCGAUGGUGAUACGAAGUCUGAUAUUGCAGUUUCCGGGAGCGUGAACGGGGAUGUUGAGGAUAAGGUUUUGCGAUGGAAGGAUACCUAUGAUAACAGUAUUGGCGAGUUUUGGUAUGGUCUUGCUGACGACGAGGACGAGGAUUUGACGGUAAGUGAUAUUGAGGAUGUGGAGAUGGAGGAAGGAGGGGAUUGGGAUAUGCUUUCUAGUGAUUCUUCUUUUGAUUUGAUUGAUGAGAGAUAG